UUCUAAAGUGUACACUUCUUCUACAGUUUACAGACCGUUCCGUUCAAAACAUUGAAAUAUUAAAAUUGUAUACUUUUAUAACAUAAUAAAGCUGUGAUAACGCAACAUGGACAUUCAAGAAUUUUUUCAUUCUUGCAAGAAGGGAGACAUUACCAGAGUAAAGUAUCUCUGCGAGGAGAAGGAUAUUGAUGUAAAUCUACGGGAUAAGUGGGAUUCAACACCCUUGUACUACGCCUGCUUGUGUGGACACCACCAUAUUGUAGAGUAUCUUCUUCAUAGGGGAGCAAUGUGUGAUGCAAAUACGUUCGAUGGAGAACGUUGUGUGUACGGAGCACUUACAAAUCAAAUAAGGAAGCUAUUGCUGGAGCACCGAAUGUUAACCUCGAGUACCAUGCGAAGAGAACCGUACACCGAGUUUCUGAGAAGAUUAUUUGAAGAUGAAACAUAUAAUGAUAUAACAUUCUCUAUUCAUGGAGUUAAAAUCUCUGCGCACAGAUGUAUUCUCUCAACCCGGUCACAUUUCUUCACUCAACAAUUAGAAACCAGAUGGAAAACCAAGAAAAAUGUAAUCCUGAACAAGAAGGAAAUAUCUCCACUUGCAUUUAGAUAUAUCCUGGAGUGGAUGUACACUGGACAGGUGAAAUCAGGAAUCAACAUGUUCCCUUGUACACUGUACUGCCAACUAAUCUAUUUAUCACAGUGUACUAGACUUUUAAAAACUUAG